AUGAAAAAUUGUAGGAAUAUAUUAAUCGAAAAAAUUUAUUUUUUACUAGCUAUUCUUGGGACAUUAUCUGUCGUGUCAUUGUAUUUAUAUAUACCUAAUGAGAAUAUUAAUUUAAGUUUUCAUAAAUAUGAUUCAUAUAUAAGAAUAUUAUGCGAGAAACAUCCAGAUGAUAAUCAAUUUUCGGGAAGUCUUUGUAGGUCGGAUUGUAAUAGUAAUUACAAUAAAGAUAUAGAAAGAGAAAGUGAUAAAAAGAAAAAUAUAAUAUUGGAAAAUAUGGGACAAAAUGGAAUGAAUAAGACUAAAGAGCAUCAUAUGAAUUUAACGACACCUUUAGUUAAAUAUGAAGAAAUACAAAACCAAGAUAGAGAAAAAGAUGAUCAAAACGAACGUCAGAAAAGGGAAAGGAAAGAAAUGGAGGAAAGAGAAGAACGUGAAAGGAACGAAAGGAAGAAAAGAGAAGAACAUGAAAGGAACGAAAGGGAAAAACAGGAAAAUAAAGAAAGGAAAGAAAGGGAGAAACAAGAAAGGAAGGAAAGAGAAGAACGUGAAAAUAAAGAAAGGAAAGAAAGGGAGAAACAAGAAAGGAAGGAAAGAGAAGAACGUGAAAAAAAGGAAAGGAAAGAAAGAGAAGAACGUGAAAAGAAAGAAAGGAAGAAAAGAGAAGAACGUGAAAAAAAAGAAUGCGAACAAAGGGAAAAACGAUUAAAAAAGGAAAAACAAAAACGUGACAAAGAAGAAAGGAAAGAAAGGGAAAGAAGGGAAAGACAACUAAAAAAGGAAAGAGAAAAACAAGAAAAAAGAGAAAGUAAACAACGUGAAAAACAAGAAAAGCAAGAAAGACAAAAACGUGAAAAAGAGGAAAGGAAAGAAAGGAAACAGCGUGAUAAACGAGAAAAGAAAGAAAAGGAGGAGCGUGAGAAACGAGAAAAGAAAGAAAAGGAGGAGCGUGAGAAACGAGAAAAGAAAGAAAAGGAGGAGCGUGAGAAACGAGAAAAGAAAGAAAAGGAGGAGCGUGAGAAACGAGAAAAAAAAGAAAAGGAGGAGCGUGAGAAACGAGAAAAGAAAGAAAAGGAGGAGCGUGAGAAACGAGAAAAAAAAGAAAAGGAGGAGCGUGAGAAACGAGAAAAAAAAGAAAAGGAGGAGCGUGAUAAACGAGAAAAGAAAGAAAAGGAGGAGCGUGAGAAACAAGAAAAAAAAGAAAAGGAGGAGCGUGAGAAACAAGAAAAAAUGAAAAUGGAAAAUGUCUAA